ACAGUUUUGCUGAGUGCAGACAAUAACAUCCCUGGUAGACAUGAACAACACGGAUGGCUUUAUUGGGCCUAACACACAUUUCCUCUAUUGAUGAAACUGAUCCCUAUGCUGAGUGUCUCUGCAGUGGAGCUUGAGCUUUGGUGUGAACUGCAGUCUCCUAGAACCCACAUCCUACCUGAAAAGGGCUAAUAUGGGAAGAAACCUGUUAAAGAAUCCAAAUGGAUAUGAGAACCUGGAGUUCUGGGAACUGACUGAAAAUGGUGGAAGCCAGUGGAAGGUCGAAGAAAUGCCUGGGGACUGUGGCCAUGAAUUUGUUAAUGGCGAAGUAAGCAAUUACUUUGCAACGUCUUUUGAACUAUGUCUGAAGAGACAGGUUAUAAACCUGCUGGAUGAAGGAUACUCUGGUGAGGAACUGGAUGAACAGCCCCCUAUCCAAAUUGCAGACUGGUAUUGUGGAAGAACUGACUGUGGCUGCACCUACCAAAUAACAGUGUGUCUACUGGAUGAAAAUCAAGAGUUAUUACAGGAGUUCAAACCAGAACCUGUGACUCUGGACCCUGAAAGUGAUUGUUCUUGGAAAGAGCUCACCCACAGUUUUACUGAAUAUGGACCUGGUGUGCGAUUUAUCUCCUUUGAACAUGGAGGCCAGGACACCAACUACUGGGAUGGCUGGUUUGGGGUUAGAGUUACUGCCAGCUCUGUUAGCAUUGAGUUGUGAGAGGUAAUAUAGGGCAUGAGCAGGACAUCAGUUUUGCUUUAUACUGGGUAUGUUACACAUUACGUGUGUGUGUUCUUAUAAUGAGAAUUCUGCUGCUGUAAGUACUGUAUCUCUGCUGAAUGCCUCAGCUCAAGUAAAACAUACAUAUAAAAUCAUGUGAUUUAUACUCACACUCAAAUUGUAAAAAACUUGAUUGAUUGGCUUUUAUGUUCACUCUCUCAUUUCUGGGUUAGCAAAUAGGAAAAUUCAUGUCCUUAAAAAUGACAAUAAAACAUAUAAUAUAAGUCA